GCCAGUAUAAAGUUGCAAAUGACAUUUAGUUUGCCCCUCCAGAAAUAUGAUGUAUGUUAUCCUAAACAAGGUUGAAUGGUGCACACCUCACGUGCUCCAAUUGGUUCGGUCCUGAAAAGGAACACUUCCUCGGCUUCACUAUGUGCACUAUUUACAACUCAAUCGCAACCUCGCGGCCAAAGGUUGAAGGAGCAUGCAGUUUGCUUUCAAGUCAGCGUUAAACGUGGUACUUCAAAGUGGGGUCUCUCCUACUGAGGUUUAAUAUAGCUACCAUUCUCCUCCUUGCAACGGUUGUGAUUCACUGCCUCAUAUGGACAAGGGACAAUCGCUGGUUCAUGGGGCUUUAUUCUAGAGUGAGCCAGCCAAGGCAGAGUCUUACACCCCGCAGUGUCUAACGUUACGGAUUCUCCAAUACAUCAAGCCGCAUUGCUACAUUGAGCUAUUAGUGUUGGUUUGAAUUAAUUCAGCUUUUCACACCAGAUGUGCUGUAGACUACGUUUGAAUUUGGUUUCGCUGAUUAUUUACUCUAGCGUCGAUAAUAAUGGACUGAAAGUUGCGGGUAAACAAUAACAACCUGCAGUGAUUUCUUGUUUGUAUAAAUGAUAGAGGAUACGAUGACACUGUUGUCUCUUUUGGGUCGGAUCAUGCGUUAUUUUCUGCUCAGACCAGAGACCUUGUUCCUCCUAUGCAUAAGCCUGGCUCUGUGGAGUUACUUCUUCCACACUGACGAGGUGAAAACCAUCGUUAAGUCCAGCCGGGAUGCUGUCAAAAUGGUUAAGGGGAAAGUGGCGGAGAUUAUGCAGAAUGACAAAUUCGGGGGUCUCGACGUUCUGGACGCAGAGUUCUCCAAAACCUGGGAGUUCAAGAGCAACAAUGUGGCGGUGUACUCUAUCCAAGGCCGGAGAGAUCACAUGGAAGACCGCUUCGAGGUCGUCACUGACAUCGUGAACAAGAGUCACCCUUCUAUAUUUGGGAUAUUUGAUGGACAUGGGGGAGAGGCGGCGGCUGACUUCGCCAAGGCCCAUCUGUCUGAGGCGUUGCGUCAGCAGCUCCUGAGCUACGACCGAGAGAAGGAGCGCAGCGAUGGUCUGUCCUAUCCCUCCAUUCUGGAGCAGCAGAUCCUGGCUCUGGACAGGGACAUGUUGGACAAGCUGUCAGCCGUCUACAACGAAGCAGGUACCACAUGCCUGGUGGCCCUGCUGUCUGAUAAAGAGUUGACGGUGGCGAACGUUGGCGACUCGCGCGGAGUCCUCUGUGACAAAGACGGCAACGCCAUCGCCCUGUCACAUGAUCACAAGCCCUACCAGCUCAAAGAACGCAAGAGGAUCAAGAAAGCUGGUGGCUUCAUCAGUUUCAACGGUUCAUGGCGUGUUCAGGGCAUCCUGGCCAUGUCUCGCUCGCUGGGCGACUACCCUCUGAAGAACCUGAAUGUGGUCAUCCCUGACCCUGACAUCAUGACCUUUGACCUAGAUAAGCUGCAGCCAGAGUUUAUGAUCCUAGCAUCAGACGGGCUGUGGGAUGCGUUCAGCAACGAGGAGGCCAUUCGCUUCAUCAAAGAGCGCCUCGACGAACCCCACUUUGGCGCCAAGAGCAUCGUCCUGCAGUCUUUCUACCGCGGGUGCCCAGACAACAUAACUGUCAUGGUGGUCAAGUUUAAAGGUGCCGGUGGCAAGGCCACAGAGUAGUAGACCUACUGAUGCAUCCAAACGAGAGAUCUAUAUUAUAUAUGUACUGUAUGUAUAUGCACAGGUUUAAGAGAACAGACAAAACAAGCCCGCAGUUUUUGGAGCGAGAACUGUUUGUAUCGAAGAUAUUUACAGAAAUUAGCCGUUCACCACCAUAAUGCAAACACUAAAACGAACACUUACAAAUUCACUCAGUCACUUUUCUUUUUUUUUCCUUCAAUCUACAUAAAGUGUCAUUUAUGUUUUUAGUUUUUUUAAGCAGUCAUAUCCUCCAGGCCCUAUACUGAGUCACUGUUUUGCAUAAGAGGUACACUGAGAUAUUGACAUCAUUUGAAGUUGAGGCAGUAAUUUGUACAUCUCUGAGAGAACCUUUAUCAGCAGAUGUCUCAUCUGAUUGGUGCUUACAUACAUCAGAGCACCUGUAACUGGGCACCUGUUUGGUUAUCCGGAGGGGCUAAAUAGUUUGUAUGUUUUAAAGAGAGCUGAGACUAGACCAACUUAACUGUGUUCUGUUUUGUCUGGCAUGGCCUAUUUUUGGGGAGGGCCAAUUAAACAGACAAUGUGACUGAUUGGAUUUAAAUGGCAUUAGGAGAUACGUACAUGCUCUGCAGUCCUAAUCAAUGGACUGCUGCAUGCGUGAGUGCAUCAUAUCAAAUGAGUCUUAUAGAAAUCACAUUCAGUUUGAUGAUUCACUGUCCCCCCCUUGAUUUCUAAUGUUCUGUCAUUCUAAACAUUCCAUCUUGUUUGUCGGCUCCAUAGACCUUAAAACCAGUCAGCUCCCGAUCUCCAUGUUGAUUUUUGACCAGUUGAGUACCCCCCCCCCC